CCACACUUUCCUUUCUUUUUCCUCUCCCUCUCCUUAGCCAUAUAAAUACCGCAUGUAUACUCUUUUCCUCAACUCCCAAUUCUUCUUCCCUUCUCAUUUUUCUUGUUUAAUUUGAUCACACAACUUAAUUAGUUGUUACAUAUUUCUAAAGCCAUGAUGAUAGAGUCUUGGAAUCCUCCUCUCCUACAUGACUACUCUAAGCUUUCGCGACGACAAAACAGUCAUAAUGAUGGUGGAGCAAACCUCAGCGCUGAAAAAGUACUGAUGGAAGAGUGUGAACUUCCAUUGAUAGACCUGAAUGGUCUGACAAGUGAAGAUGAGAGAGAAAAGAUCAGAUGCGAAGACGCCAUUUCAAAGGCUUCUUCUGAAUGGGGUUUUUUCCAAGUUGUGAACCAUGGUGUGAGUCUUGAAUUACUUAGAAAAAUGAGAAGAGAACAAAUGAAAUUGUUUAAAGCACCUUUUGAGAUGAAAGCUAGUUGUGGAAUUUUAAAUAAUUCUUAUAGAUGGGGGAAUUCAACAGCUACUUGUCCAAAACAAUUUUCUUGGUCAGAAGCUUUUCAUAUCCCUUUGACAAAGAUUUCAGAAGCUGCUUGUUAUGGAGAGUUCACAACUUUGAGGGAAGUGAUGGUGGAAUAUGCAAAUGCAAUGCAAAAUCUAGCCAAAUCACUUGCUGGAGUUCUUGUAAGAAACUUAGGCCACAGAGAUAGUCACAUCAAAGAAAUAUGCAAUGAGAGUUCAUGUUUCCUUAGAUUAAAUCACUAUCCAAAAUGUCAAAUUUCUCAAGAAAUAUUUGGAUUAGUGCCACACACAGAUAGUGAUUUCUUAACAAUUCUUCAUCAAGAUGAAGUUGGUGGACUUCAGCUAAUGAAAGACAACAAAUGGGUAGCUGUCAAGCCUAACCAAAAUGCACUUAUUGUCAACAUUGGAGAUCUUUUUCAGGCUUGGAGCAAUGAUGUGUAUAAAAGUGUGGAACACAAAGUGAUGGCUAAUGGGAAAAUGGAGAGAUUCUCAAUCGCUUAUUUCCUUUGUCCUUCUUAUGAUUCUUUAAUUGGAAGCUGCAAAGAGCCCUCUGUCUAUAAGAAAUUCACCUUUGGAGAAUACAGAUAUCAGAUUCAACAAGAUGUCAAAUUGAUUGGCCACAAAGUAGGUCUCUCGAGAUUUCUUCUAUAGGAAUUAGCACAUAUAAUAGCACAGAAAAAAAAAAUUGCAUAUCGUACUCACUAGUCCUAGAUCCUGAAAGAGAACUUCAAAUUUGAGGGAGUUGAUACAAGAUAAAUUUUGUGUUCUAUUUCAUUCGUACGUAUAUAUGUGUAGAUCAAUUCACCUAUGUAAUUCUAAAGUUAAGGUAGAAGAGAGAUUGCUUCUUUUUGUUUCAGAGGGGAAGAGGGAAUACAGACGUUAUGCCAUCGGCGCGACCGCGUAGAGAGAUAUAAAGAUUACUUCUGUAUGUUGAUUACUAUUGUUCUCAAUUUGGUGAAUAGAGAUAAAAGUUACGCUUUGUCAUCCAUA